CGUUCGACCACGGUUCAGAGCAUUCACAACUCUGCAGAACAACCACCGUAUCGCACAAUGGAACAACGAUCAUCAGUGAACUCUCCAUGUCUGGAUAACUCACAAACACGAUACGUCUCAGCCGAUCAUGGUUUCCCUCCCCCUCACAUCAUCGUCGCAUAUAAAGGUCGAAGGAGAGCUUAUGGGAGGAAAGCGAUCAAAGAUAUGGGCUACUCAAAUGUCCUGAUCAGCAUCCUCGAGCAAUUCGAUCUCUCGACAGAGCUGGUAGAUGUAGGGAACACACCGCCUGGCGUUCUCAAAAUAACCAACGCUCAAGGAAAGACGACUCAAUGCAGACUGUUCGCCCUAUUCUUUGAUACCCGCGGCUUUGGCGAUCGGGGAUACGUGCCAGUGGUGCUCAACGACGAUAGCUGGGCUGAACUCAUCGACAACAUCCUGAAGCUCGAGCUGGCUUCUGCACAUCCCGAAAGCGAACUUUCUCUACAGUCCUCAGAUAUCACCAAGGUUCUAGGAACCCGGGAGACUGUCAUGAGCGCCUUGGCCUUGUUCAUUCUUGCCCUGGCAAUCUUGAUUUUCGUUGCUGCCGUCAGACUGCUUUUUCUGGGUGCAAAGUCCGCACCUCGGAGUUAGGCUUGCCCCUACUGGCUGUAGUCACCGACAUUCCAACCGCAUUUCGUACGAUGAUGAAGGGCCAUAUCAACACGAAAUGCGUAGAGUAAUCAUUACUCAUGUCACGACGUUAAAGCCAACAUGUGGACUCCUUGUCCAUGUACAUACAACGCAUCCACCGUCUUACUGCGGCGUGUCAUUCCUCUUCGCAAUUUGGAUAAAUUGCAAUCAGACGGACUCGCCAUUAGCAAUUUAAUUAUGAGCGGCCAACAAUCACAUCAGAAUCUUCAAACCGUCGUAGUCCCGCUGAUGGCUACACGAGCGGUCAUCAUACAUCAUGGCACACACCCCUUUGAAUCUUUGAAUCCCAGCCAUGAUUGCAGUCACAGUGGUGGUGGCGGUUUAUCCCCGAUGUCACCACGAGACAGGUCACCAAGGACUCGGACCUGGGCAAGCCCAAGGUGACGUAUCUAUAGGCCAGGAUAGAUGGAGCAGUCUCACGGCUAACGUUGCAGGAGGUCGUUCUAACAAAGUGGAUGUGGUGAUGGUGGAAUGUGUUACAAGUUACAAAGCGAUUAGAU